UCCCGCGGGCCGCGUGCGGAGGGCCUGGCGCCCGUCAUCCUGCACUUCAAGCGCCCAGACACCGCCAAGCGGUUCUCCUGGUCGCGAGACAGCAGCGUGUGGUGCGGCGCACCACUGGUGCUGUACAUGGAAGCGGACAGGCCGCCGUACGACCCAGAUCAGGUGGUUAGGACCGAUCCCAGCAGCACCAGCAACAACAACAGCACAGGCGGCGGUGGCAGCAGCAGCUACGGCAGCAGCACCCGGGCAGAGUACAUCAUUACGGGGGAGUGUCCGCUGGCGGCGGCAGUACGUACGGCGCUGCGACCCAUCCAGAAGGCACAACAGGUGAUGCCGGGAGAGGAGCCGUCGGCUGCGGCAACACAGCUUCAGACGCAGGACGCAGGAGCAUCGGCGGCUGCAGGCGCGGGGGCCGACGGGGUUGUCGACCCGCCUGCGGAUGCAGCAGGACCGAUGGAGGAAGACGCUCCUGCCACCGGCGCUCCCGGGGCUGCGCCAGGAGACACCGAAAUCGUCGAUGCUGCUGCCGUGGCCGCUGAAGCCUCAGCAGCGCCUGCUGCUGAUGCUGCCGCAGACGUUUUGGCUGCUGUGGCUGCUGCUGUUGUCGGUGCUGCUGCGGCUGCUGCUGCCCAAGGAGAGGGCGACGACAUCCGGCCUCAUACUCCCGUACACGACCUGGAUCCGGAAAUCACCGCCAGCGCUGCGCCGUCAGGGCGGCCCAGCAGGACGAGCAGCUGCGGGGUGGGGGCUGCCGGCGGCGGCAGCGGCGACAGCAACGGCGGUGAGUUGAUGGAGGGAUUAGAGCCGCUUGUGGCCUUGGCGGCGGUGGCGGCGGCGGGAGGCGGCGGUGGCGGCGAUGCGUCCAUGCCCGGUACGCCCCAUCGUUCAACGGCGCCGGCGGCAAUGGAGGAAGAGGAUGCGGCGGCGGCGCCGUCGACGCUUCCGGCGGUGAUGUACGCUGGCGCGCCGCCGGAGGCAGACGCGGCGGCGGCGGGAGGCGGCUUGUUGGGCCCGCCGGCGGCUCAGCCCUUUGACAUGUGGGCCGCGCAGGAUGCCACGGUAACAGCUGCAACCAGUACAGCUGCCGCUGCGGCUGCCGCGCCCUCCACCUCCUCCCCCACCGCCUCCCCCGACCCGGGCUGCACCUUUGUGCUCAAGCUCUGCAACAAGGGCGACUCGGCGCUGUGGGGCGGGGUGUACGAAAAGGACAUUGAGAAGGAACACCACAGGGAGUUCCUGCUCCUCUUCACCAGCGCCUCUUCCACUGCCCCUCCUCCCGCCACCUCCACCGCCUCCGCUGCCACCCCCACCUCCCCCGCCCCCAUCCCCACCUACUCCCCCGCGCUGCUGGACCAGCCCGCGGAGCACCCCACGCUGCGGCAGCACCGCCAGCGGGCCGCCGCGGGGCCGCAGCCGGUCAGCCUGCACGACUGCAUGACCACCUUCCUGCACCCGGAGCGGCUGGCGGAGAGCGAUGCGUGGUACUGUCCCCGCUGCAAGUCCCACGUGUGUGCCGACAAGAAGCUGGACCUGUGGAGCCUGCCCGAGGUGCUGGUGGUGCACCUGAAGCGCUUCUGCUACACGCGCUACUCCCGCAACAAGCUGGACACCAGAGUGGACUUCCCGCUGCACGGACUAGACCUGGGGCCCUACCUCAUGCGGCCGCAACCCCAGGACGCACCGCCCCUCUACGACCUCUUUGCCGUGUCCAACCACUACGGAUCCAUGGGGGGCGGCCACUACACCGCGUACGCGAAGCUGCCGUCGCCACCGCCGCCCAUGCCGCGAUCCUACCAGGCGCCGGCGGCGGCGGUAGGAGCCGGGCGGCAAGCUGAAGGGGCGGGUGUGCGAGGCGAGCAGCAGCAGCAGCAGCCGUUGGAGGCGGGGGAUGUGCCGAUUGCUGAUGGGGUGGCUGCGACAGCGGAGGUCGAGGAGCGCGGCGUCAAUGGGACGGCGGAGACAGCGGAGGAGGAGCAGCAGCAGCACGGCGUACCAAUGGAUAGGUGGUACUGCUUCGACGACAGCCACGUCUCCCAGGUCGACCCGCAGGCGGUGCGCUCCUCCGCCGCCUACGUGCUCUUCUACCGCCGCCGCGCGCAGGCAGCCGCCGACCCGCCGCAGCUGGAGGGGCUGCUGGAGCGGCUGAGGCAGCAGCGGGAGGCGGCGGCGCGGGAGGAGGAGCAGGCGGCGGAGCAGGCGCAAGGGGCGGCAGCGGCUGGGGUCAUGGCUGACGGGCCGGUUGUACGGCACGGCAGCGGCAGCCCCGGGUACGGCAGCGACCGCCAGAUUCAAGAUCAGGACCAGGACCAAGAUCAAGACCGGGACACCGGCAAGGCGCGGGGAGGGGGGAUGGUAUCGCUGGCAGCCGCUGCAGCCGCCGCUAAGGCCUCGCGGCGGAAGGACGCCAAGAAGGGCGGUGGAAACGAAGACGGGGAGGCGGCGGAGGAGCUGUUGCAAGUGCAAGAACGCAGUGCAGGGUUCACGGCCGGAGGCAGCAGCCUGGGCGGAUUCAACCGCCGCAGCGGCAGCGGCGCCGGCGCCGGCACUGCCGAUGAUGACUUGUACGGCAGCAGCAACCUGCCGAUAGCGGCGCCGUCAAGUCCGAUGCCUGUGUCUGCCGGGGUCAACGCUGCUGGCGCCGCCGCUUUAGACGAUGCGAACAUUGCUGGAGCCGGUGAGAGCCCAACCAACGCCGGGGCAGCGACCGGGCUGUACGAGAGCUUGUUGCCUUACGCCGCGGCUUCCCCGGUGGGCAGCGCCGGCGCCGGCGCCGGCGGUGCCGACGGAACUGGGAGGUACGACAUGGAGGACUACGACGCGUUUGUCGUUGCCGCAGGUGUCAGCCCCAGUGGUGACGGCGCUCCUCAGCCGCCUGGGUCCCCGCAGCCCGGCAGUCCCGACAUGAACAGCCGCCACCUGAGCGACUUGUACGGCGAUGUUGAGGCGAUGGAGGUGGUCCGGGCGCGUGACUCGGGUUCCGAUGUGGGCGGAUUGGAGCACGAGGAAGAGAUGCGGUCGAGUGAUGGCGGUGCCGGCGGAGGCGCCAUGCUGGGGCGGCUGCUGGGGGAGGGCGGCCAGGUGCAAGACGCCUCGGGUCAGGAGGGCGGUGCCUGGUCUGGGUGGCAGGACUCGGGAGAGGGAGCGAAGUGGAACUAAACAACAACAUGGCAGCAAUAGCGGCGGCAGGAUGGGCGCGGAAGGUCUAGGCAGGUCGGUAUGUGGCAGAUUGACGAGGGCUAGACGCGUGUGACAGUGCGCUUUAGAUACCGGUGAAAAUGGUCGCCAGACUGCUGUGGCGUGGAUCAUGGAAGGUCGGCGUUCCGUGCAUGGCUUUGCAGGCAUAGUAGGACAAGCGGCCUGGGUGGGGCGUUCUGUGAGGGUAUGCUUGCGCAGGAACACCUUGACCUUACUAUGCUACUGGCACACGCAUCUCGUGGGUUUGAGUGCAGGGUUUGACAGGAGGAGAGUUAGGGUGUGUGGCAGGGGCAGUCAUGUCGCGCGUUUAUUGGAUUAGGUAGUGCAAUCUGCUUGCUGAAGACUUGGCUGAAGGCAAGGACAGCCGGCGCCUUGGUUUUUCAGCACAUGAAGCAGCCAUUGCUGCCGCUAAUGGAUCUAAGCUCAUUCUUCGUUCGUGCAAUGCUCCCAGCGCAGUGGCAGGCAUGUAAGAUGUAACUGACUGAACACAGAGAGACCAGCGGUGUGUAGUUGAGUAGAAACAAGAGCAAGCAGUUGGGAUAGGUUCGCAUGUGAACCGCGAGACCAGCGGUGUGUGGUGAG